AUGCAGUUAACGAAUCCAGUAUGGAUUCAUCACUCAGGUGGUGCAAUUUACUCGGUGGAUAUUCAUCCGGAUGGUACAAAAAUAGCAACAUGCGGACAAGGUGGUGAAGGUGGUUCAGGUCUUGUGAUUAUCUGGAAUGUGAAACCAGUAAUUAACGAGAAAGCUAGUCAGGAGACAUCGUGCAGUCGAUUACUCUCUCGAAUUCUACACCAAAAUUGUGUUAAUUGUGUUCGUUGGUCUCCGGACGGGACAUAUCUUGGAUGUGCUGGUGAUCAACAAUCAUUGACACUAUGGGAAUUUGGUGGUCGAGUUUUCAGUGCUGGAACCAUUGGUUCUAAGGAUUCUGUUAAUGUCGAAAAAUAUCGGGAAAAGUACCGAUUGUAUGGACAUUCUUUAGAUGUAUUACAUCUUGAAUGGUCCAAAGAUGGACACUAUCUUGCAUCUUGUGGAAUGGAUCAUGCUGUGAUCAUUUGGGAUGCUCAUAACUUACCGAACAAAGUGGUAUCGUUAACAGUCGAACGAGGUGGACACCGAGGUAUCGUGAAAGGAGUAAGCUGGGACCCAAUAGGAAAAUUUCUCGCUUCGCAAUCGGCUGACAGGUCUGUGAGAAUUUGGACAACUGACAAUUGGCAGUGCAUUAAAGUAGUCAUGGAUCCUUUUAUUGAGAGUAGCCAGUCAACUAUGUUUUGUCGAUUGGACUGGUCACCUGAUGGUACCUACCUAAUAGCGCCAUGUGCGAGUAAUAACUCAGGGCCAACUGCUCACUUGAUACGGCGAAAGGAUUGGGAUACUACGCUGGAUUUAGUUGGUCAUCGAAAAGCUGUAACAGUGGUUCGGGCAUGUCCUCGUAUGAUUGAAUAUCAGAACUAUAAGGGCAAUCAAAUUCAAGUAAGCUGUAUAGCAAUGGGCAGUCGUGACAAAUCCUUAAGCGUCUGGUUAUUGCCGAAUGUAGAUCGACCUUUAGUUGUCUUAUAUAAACUGUUUAAACAUUCCAUACUUGAUUUUUCCUGGAAUGAUUAUCAUCUAACAAUUUGCUCGAUGGAUGGAACAGUAAAAUCAAUCGUGUUUGAUGCAAAAGAAUUAGGGCGGUUACUUACUUCUUCUGAAAUGGGUGAUCUGUGUGAACGAAUGUAUAGCCGUCGGCCAUUGCAAUAUUCUUCUGGUCAAUUAAAUAAUGGACAUCAGUUGUUGUCUCCCAAGGAUUCUAACCGAAUGUUUAUUGAUGAUCUGAAAAAGCUUCAAAACGAAAAGCAAGAGCCAAAACAAUCGAAACUUCACGACGGUGGUUCCUUUACUUCUUCGCAAAUGAAAGAAGUUCCUAGUAAUCAAGCCACAAUCAGUACUUGUGAUGCAGAAAAGAUGCCCGUUUCAUCGGAAUUACCGAAGAAGCAAACCGAACUCCGAACCAAAUCAGGGAAAAGAAGAAUACAGCCUGCUUUUAUUGCCUCUGUUACAGUCCCUGAAGCUGAAGUCACUGCAGCACCUACUUCCAUGGAAGAACCAGCACCAAGCAGUUAUCAGCCAUCACAGGCUUCAUCUGUGCAUCUUUUGGCAUCCCCAUCCAAAAGUAGUGGGCGAAUUUUGGUAAGUAGCAUUGAAAAGGUAGAAGCGACGCCAAAGAUUGAUGAGCCAAUGGACAUAUAUUCUCAGACAUCCAAAACCGAACAGGUUCUACCUCAGUUAGCAUCGAAGCCGCUAUUGCGUCCUGCUCCUUUUCCGGAAUCAUUAACAGCUAUGUUGAAUGAUAAUUGUUCUAUUACCUUUCCUAUCCCUCAGCAGCGCCGAUCAUUAUCGAUAUCCGUCCCUUCGACUGAAAUGUGUUCAGUAAAUAAGAUUGAUGUAUUGAAUGAGUAUGAAGUAGCGGCAACUGUAAAAUUGACGAAAUUAUGUGGCAUGAAGGAUACAACAGUACUAUGGACAGCUCAUUUGGAUCCGGUUGUGUGUUCCGUUGCAGCUAAUAGUUACUGGUUUGUAGCUGGUUGCUACGAUGGCAGUAUCCAUAUUUAUUCAACACCAUCCGGUCGAUUACAUACAUUCUUUACUAUCGAUUCAUUACCUUUCAUAAUUCAAGUGCAUCGAAACUACCUUUCUCUUUGCUCGUCUCAGGGAUUGGUCUAUUCUUGGCAAUUGCUGUUUGAUGAAAAAAGCAUCCUGCCUAGAUUAAGUAUUCCAUCAGUGAAUGCUUCGGCUAGUGCUUUACUUGGUCCUAUAAAAAGCAGCCCAAUUCAUGUGAACAGUGAUGUCCAGAUCAGUGCUACACAUUCAUUCUUAGAAGAAAGGCUUUGCAGUGCACUUUCAUUAAGACUUCGCAAUGAUUUUCGUCACUACCUCAAUUUAUACGUACGAUCUCUUCUUCAACAUGGAUGUACUGCAAAGUUAAAUGAAAUUCUUUCGACAUAUUUUACCGCCGUUUCAAUCUGUGGAUUAAAAUGCGAUGUACUAUUGCGCGAAAUAUUGGAAUUGGCAAAAAAGAGCGAAGGAUGCAAUGAAUUCAUUCGCGAUAUUACUUUACGCCUUGAAUCGCUUAUUUCUCAUCAAUAA